CUAAUGCAAGCCAAUUCAUUUAAUAGGCCGUCAGGGGUCAUCUCGAGAAGUUUCACCCAAAAUUUUUUUCGCAGCUCAAGCCCAUCCCUUGAACUAUGGGUAAUAACUAAUACCUCACACCAAACAUGGAAUAAAAUAAUCUUUCAUUUUAUCUCAGAAACUAUUCAUCUCUUAUAUCUCACACCUAACGACCCCUUUUUGAAUAGAAUGAUUGUUUCCGAUUGAGCCCGGCAACCCUAAUGCUUUAUCUGAACUUGAAACCGCCAAUGUGAGCGAACUCAAAUAGUCUUCAAGGGUACAAGUGACAAAUGAAAAACAUAUGGACCCUUUAAUUAUACAAAAUUUUCUUCUAAUGCAAUUCAAAAUUGGCUAAAACCCUUUGUAAGAACCUAAAAGGCUAAAACCCCAGAAAGCACAAUUUUUUUGGGAUAAAUUAUUCAUCUCUCUCAUUCUUGGUGCUGAAAAUUGGAGAAAAAUGGCACUGGGAUUGUUACUGGGAAUAGGAAGAACUUUCAGAAAGAAGAGCACAGCUUGUCUUGACAUUCUUACUGCUAAAAGGGGUCCAAGAAAUUACUACAAAGGAAAAAAUUGCAAACCAACUGGUUUUCAUACUCAUAAAGGUGGUUAUGUUCUUGUGCAAGAAAAAUUACCAAGUUAUGUAGUUCCAGAAUUGACAGGUUGUCAGCUGAAGCCAUAUGUAUCUCAGUGUGCAAAACAAAGUAAAACUACAGAGACUGCAGUUUGAGAAACUAAGCAGACCGCGAUUCAGAUUUUCAAACAACCGUUACUAAUGUUGCUUUCUGGUUUGGAUUUUCAAUAUGCACCUAGUUUUCGUUAGACAAUUUUCUGUUUUCUACGCCGAUUCCUUCUUAGAUUUGAUCGUUGAUGUUACGUUCUUGCAUCUGCAUAAAGUUUUGCAUUAAGAUGAUGCCAUUGUUAUCAGCUAACUCAUAGUUCUCUUUUUCAGAUCAUGCUCCUUGUGCAAUGAAAUGAUCAUUGUUUCUUCAUUUCCUUCUUGUCUAUAUUAUAUGAUGAUAACUUGAAAUCACGCAGGUGCUAUGCGACAACAAUUAGCUAACAAUUAUUAUAGAGAAUUCGUUGAAGGAGAGUCUUGGAGUAACGGGUAAAGUUGCUGUCAUGUGACCAGUAGGUCACAGGUUCAAGCCUUGGAAACAACCUUUGGCAGAUAUGCAAGGUAAGACUGCGUACAAUACACCCUUGUGGUGGGCCCUUCUCCCGACCUUGCGCAUAGCGAGAGCUUUAGUGCAUCGAACUGUCCUUUUUUUUUUGAGAGAGAGAAUUCGUUGGUAGAACGGGAAGAAUGUAUAAUGUGAAGGGGAGAAAGGACUUCUAUUGUAGUUUGUAAAGGUGUAUGUAUAAGUAUGGAUCCUUUUUGUCUUAGAUCUCAUUGUUAAGUAAACAUUUCAACUUUGAAUGUGGAUAUUUAGACACC